UUUCGCUAUGGCUUUCGCCACUCGCCACUUCGUACGCGCCGCUUCCUCCGCCGCAGCCACGGCGGCCGCCAAGAAGCUGAUCAUCAAGCAUGUGACAGUCAUCGGUGGCGGCCUCAUGGGCGCCGGCAUCGCUCAGGUUGCAGCAACCAGUGGUCAUGCUGUGGUGUUAGUAGACCAGUCAGAGGAAAUCCUUAAGAAGUCUACAAAAGGAAUUGAAGAGAGUUUGAAGAGAGUCACAAAGAAGAAAUUUGCAGACAAGCCUGAGGCUGGUGCUGAGUUUGUUGAGAAGACCUUGAAGAACAUCACAACAAGCACAGAUGCAGGAGCAGUGGUCCACAGCACGGAUCUGGUGAUAGAGGCCAUUGUGGAGAAUCUGGAAGUUAAAAAUGAGCUCUUCAAGAGGCUGGAUAAGUUUGCUCCAGAGCGGACAAUAUUUGCCAGCAACACUUCAUCCUUGCCAAUCACACAGAUGGCUAACUCAACCACCAGGCAGGACCGAUUUGGUGGCCUCCAUUUUUUCAAUCCUGUGCCUAUGAUGAAGCUUGUGGAGGUCAUCAAGACUCCAAUGACCAGCCAAAAGACUUUUGAAUCACUUAUGGAUUUCAGCAAAGCAUUAGGGAAGAGUCCUGUCAGUUGUAAGGAUACUCCAGGGUUUGUUGUAAACCGUCUCUUGGUGCCUUACUUGAUGGAAGCUGUUCGUCUUUUUGAGAGAGGUACUUGUUGGGAUUCUUCUCUAUUCAUCAAACUGUCAAUCUUUUCUCUAGGAGAUGCAUCAAAGGAAGAUAUUGAUGUUGCUAUGAAGCUUGGGGCUGGCUAUCCCAUGGGUCCAUUUGAACUGCUGGACUAUGUUGGGUUGGAUACCACUAAAUACAUUAUAGAUGGAUGGCAUGCAUUAGAGCCCAACAAUCCCCUUUUUGCACCCAGCCCACUCCUGAACAAACUGGUACAAGAAAAGAAGCUGGGCAAGAAGACCGGAGAAGGUUUUUAUAAAUACAAAUGAACUCCAGAGGUGUCAAACUCUCUGUCCGUGCUACUCAGCAUUGCCAGGCUACAUGUGAAUUCAGUUUAAACCUCUCCAAGGAUGGCACAAACUGCAUUUAGAACAUAACACACCUCUGAACUGAGUGAUUGCACUAGGUAACUAUUUCUUUGGUGAGAGCUUGAUUUGGUAGAUUAAUUUUUUUCUGAUAAUUCUGAAAAGCCUUCAUGUACAGUGCCUUCAUGUAAAGGUUGAUUUUUCACAUGCAGAACAGGCUGACAAGUGAAGUUAAUGGAUUUGAAACAUUAUUAUGUUAAUGGGAAAAAUUCUAAAAAAAAUAACCACACUUCCUUAAAAAUAAAGUUUUCAACAAUUCUGUGUUGAAUGUGAUAGCUUGCAGCUCAUGUGCUUGGUUGCAGCCCACUGGGUGGCAGUCUCUUUUCACUCUGGCAAAUGUCACAGUGGAUAGACAGAAAGAUGUUUUGUUAGGGUUUCUCCUAAGUGCAGUGCUAAUCUGUAGGUGGAAAUUACAGUGCCUUGAACAAUAAUUUUUUGAAUGUCAUAUUGUUUAACAGGAAAACAUCAAAUAAUCCUGCAGUGGCAGGCUGUCACCUAGACAGAAGGUUCCAAAUACGGCAUUUAAAAGCAGAACUCAGGAUUCGUAUUGGUAUUUUCCAGCAUUUUGGAAUGCCAGUGAGGGGCCUUCUUUUUCCUAGGUGCUCUAGAAAAGAGGUGGCUUCUAUUCUGAAAGGUCAAAUCAUAGAAUGAUAGAACUGUUGAUGCUGGAAGAGACCUUUGAGAUCCAAGUGUAACCACUCACCUAGAGCUCACAAUCCCAUCACUACUGCUAAGCUACUACCAGUAAACCGUGUUCCUCAGCACCACAUCCAUGUGUCUUUUAGAUACCUCCAGGGAUGGUGACUCCACCACUUGCCUGGGCAGUCUGUUCUGAUAACUAAACUAGGAAGCUGGUGAAAGCUUGCACAUGCUUUCUAGCAUCCUGCAAACUUGCUUCAUUUACUGGCUAUUCAUUUUAAGUGUCAUUUUUACUGCUACGCUACUACUGGAGGUGAGUACUUUGAGAGAUUGGAGUCUGUGCUGUGUAAACAAAUAGGUGUGUCUGGUGAUAUGAGGUACCUUCUGUUUUGCAACUUUAUUCCUGGUGGGAGGGCUGCAAAUACUGCCUUUUCUCUAAAAACUGUAGAGCAAGUGGGCAUGAGGGUUGGAGUUCCAGUUCAACUGAGUAGUGACCACCUUUUACUUUCUGUGUUUUGGAUCUGCAAACCAAGUGCUUAUAUAUAUUUUUUUUUUUAAUUAAAGAAAUUAUGAAGAAUUAUUUAAGUUUCCUCUUCCUCCCUCCUCCAACAUCUAAUUCUGACUGCAUAUAAAGAAACUGAGGCUGAUACGUGCUAAUUUCCUUGCACAUGAUCAUACAAGGAAUAUCAUUGGAAUAAAAGUUGUUUAUUGGAUCCUUGUUCCUAAUUCAAAAUCUUCUUGGCUUGCUUGUCUUGAAACAAAAGGGUUAAGGAAAGAAAUGUUACUGUAGACAGUCUCUUUCCUUUACCCCAAUAUGUUGUUAAAUUGAAUUGGUUUCCCUAAAAUACAGUCUGCUUCUUGUAUCUGAAGUCUGUUUCACUUGAAGGUUCUUAGUGCCUGUAAAUCAGUUUAGUGACUUAAAUUCUGCAGGGUGAAAUUAUUUUCAGAACUACUGUUUUCAGUAAUACUUAAAAAUGGGAACAUGUAUUACUGUUGUGUCUGUUUUUUUACAACAAUAUUUAGGCAGAGUUAACUCAGUGCUGCUUCUUUUACUUGGAAGAACAUUUUGUAGUUUGGAAACACUUAGCCAAUGCCUUGCUGUAAACCUAUUUAAGGUUAAA